AUGCUCAGCUUUAUUGGCGCCACCAUUUGGUUCGUCAAGAAAAAGCGCCGGCGCAUAGAGCCCCCGGCAGCACUGCCUAUACAGCAACCAGCUCCACCACCACCGCCCAAUUACAUUCCAUCUUCGGCUGGAUCCUCACUAGCUUCAGACGGGUUCUACUUGAGAUCGCCAGGGUAUCCUUUCAUGAGGUACAGCACCGGGAGCCAUGGUUUUCCAUACUCUCCAGCGGACUCUGGGAUUGGGUAUUCCCAUAUGCUGUUCACACCAGAGAAUUUGGCAGCUAUCACAGAUGACUUUGCAGAAGAGAACCUUUUGGGAGAAGGUGGAUUUGGGUGUGUGUUCAAGGGCAUUUUGCCAGAUGGUCGCCCAGUCGCCGUCAAGAAGCUCAAGAUUGGGAAUGGGCAAGGCGAGCGUGAGUUCAAGGCUGAGGUCGAUAUUAUCAGCAGAGUACAUCAUAGGCAUUUGGUUUCUCUAGUAGGCUAUUGCAUUGCGGAGGGCCAGCGAAUGCUUGUUUAUGAUUUUGUUCCCAACAACACACUUUAUUACCACCUCCAUGUAAGUGAAGCAUCACUGGAUUGGCGGACAAGGGUUAAGAUUGCAGCUGGAGCAGCCCGAGGGAUUGGUUACCUCCAUGAAGAUUGUCAUCCACGUAUUAUUCAUAGAGAUAUUAAAUCAUCCAAUAUUCUGUUGGAUAACAACUUCGAAGCUCAGGUUUCUGAUUUUGGACUUGCAAGGUUAGCUGCCGAUUCCAAUACACAUGUUACCACACGUGUCAUGGGGACAUUUGGGUAUUUGGCUCCAGAGUAUGCAUUGUCAGGCAAGUUAACAGCAAAGUCUGAUGUAUAUUCUUUUGGGGUUGUUCUUUUGGAGCUUAUUACAGGAAGAAAACCUGUUGAUGCUUCUCAGCCGUUGGGAGAUGAAAGUCUGGUCGAAUGGGUUCUAAUGCUCGCCCAGCUUCUGAUGAAGGCAAUCGAGCAUCGGGAGUUUGGGGACCUUCCUGACCCUAGGAUGGAAAACAGGUUCGAUGAAAACGAGAUGUUUCAUAUGAUAGGAGCCGCAGCUGCAUGCAUUCGGCAUUCUGCAGCAAUAAGGCCACGGAUGGGGCAGGUGGUUAGAGCACUAGAUAGUUUAGCAGACUCUAAUUUGAACAAUGGCCUUCAACCCGGACGCAGCGAGGUAUUCCUAGAGCCACAAUCCGAGGAGAUUAGAUUGUUCCAGUUGAGGGAAUUCGGCAGCCGGGAUUGUAGCGACGAGUUGAGCCAAGCAAGCUGGAGAAGCCGAAGAGAUUUGUGA